CUGUGGCCCAGCAUUCGACAGAGGCCCAGUGCCUUUUCCAGAGCCCUGAGACCAGUGCACCGCUGCUGCCUGAGGCCCAAGGGAAUGCCGGCUGCUCUCUGGGUGGGCACUGGUGUUCCGCAGCCAAGCCGGGAAGAUUGGUGUGCCCAGUCCCAGCCCAUUCCUGAGCUGUCGGAAGCCACAAGCUGAUAUCCAUCCAGAUUUCUAUGUAGCCUCCACCCCCUCAAAGAUUAGCUUUCCUUCGUGUGGUGGCAGUUCACGGAGCACCUUUGGGAGUAUCCCUCAGUACCUGACGAGGAGCCCGCUGCCUGGGACUGGGACACCAGACUUGCUCCCCCGGAACCGGGAGCCCUCCAAGGGGCUGCGGCAUGGCGCCCUGACGCCCCAGCUUGGACCCGUUGCCUGCCUUUGCCCUGGACUCCUGAGUGCAGAGCUCAGCCCAGGAGCCAGUAUGGGUCGUGAACAGGACCUGAUCCUGGCUGUCAAGAAUGGAGAUGUGACCGGUGUGCAGAAAUUGGUGGCGAAGGUCAAGGCCACAAAGACAAGUCGUCUUCAAGGAGCAGGUGGCUGAGAGAAGAGGGGUACAGUUGCCCUGGCCCUGCUCCCCGCCUCUCACCGCACCACUCCCUUUUCUGAACAAUCUCCUUCUUUGGCCAGAGGAAAUGGGGUGUGCUGGGGCGGCCGGCUGAGCUCACAUCCUCUGUCCGGGAGCCUAAAUCAGGAGCCACCCUUCCACCCCCAGCGCCAGGCCCGGGAAGAAGGUUGUACCGCAGGGGAAGUGCCUGGAGUCACUGCCAGGAACCGGGACCCUCUGCCCUCCUGCCAGGGUCCCCAGCCCGGUCACUCUGAGCCUCUCCCCCACCACCUUUCCGGCCAUUGUUCUGAAAAGAACGGAGCCACCCAGCCUGGCCCUUGCCCUGUUCCUGUCCUGCCUGUCACAUUGUCCUGCUCCUCUCGGGAGGGACUGCAUCCCACCACCCAGCUGCCUCAUCCCAAACUGUCCAGGCUGUUGGAAGAGGAGGGCUAAUGGAAGAGUGGGCAGCUUGAAGGGCGCUCUGUGUCUCUUCCUGCUGACCGCAUUGUCUCCACUGGGUCUCAGAGAGGUACCGUGGCAGGCCAGGGUCACACAGCCAGAAGCUCCUGGGCUCCACAAAGAGGCUCAACGUGAACUACCAGGAUGCUGAUGGAUUCUCUGCCCUCCACCACGCGGCUUUGGGGGGCAGCCUGGAGCUCAUAGCCUUGCUGCUAGAGGCUCAGGCCACUGUUGACAUCAAGGACAGCAAUGGCAUGCGCCCGCUGCACUACGCAGCCUGGCAGGGCCGGCUGGAGCCUGUGAAGCUGCUGCUGCGCGCCUCUGCGGCCGUCAAUGCCGCCUCGCUGGACGGACAGAUCCCCCUGCACCUGGCGGCACAGUAUGGACAUUAUGAGGUGUCAGAAAUGCUCCUCCAGCAUCAGUCCAACCCAUGCCUGGUCAACAAGGCCAAGAAGACGCCCCUGGACCUGGCCUGUGAAUUUGGCCGACUCAAGGUGGCCCAGCUGCUUCUCAACAGCCACUUAUGUGUGGCACUGCUGGAGGGCGAGGCCAAAGACCCAUGUGACCCCAACUACACCACGCCCCUGCACUUGGCUGCCAAGAAUGGCCACAGAGAAGUCAUCAGGCCCCCAGCAGUCAGCACCCGCUCCUGCCCCACCUCCCUCGUGACUCCCCCCGUCCACUGCAGGCAGCUCCUGAGAGCUGGGAUCGAGAUCAACCGCCAGACCAAGACGGGGACGGCGCUCCACGAGGCCGCACUGUACGGCAAGACCGAGGUGGUGCGGCUGCUUCUGGAGGGAGGUGUGGACGUGAACAUCCGGAAUACGUAUAACCAGACGGCGCUGGACAUAGUGAAUCAGUUCACCACCUCCCAGGCCAGCCGGGAAAUCAAGCAGCUACUGCGGGAGGCCUCAGGGAUCCUGAAGGUCCGAGCGCUCAAGGAUUUCUGGAACCUCCACGAUCCCACUGCUCUCAAUGUCCGGGCAGGGGAUGUCAUCACGGUCCUAGAACAGCAUCCCGACGGCCGCUGGAAGGGCCACAUCCACGAGAGCCAGAGGGGUACAGACCGCAUAGGCUACUUCCCCCCGGGCAUCGUCGAGGUGGUCAGCAAGCGGGUGGGCGUCCCUGCAGCCCGCCUCCCCUCCGCACCCACGCCCCUGCGCCCAGGCUUCUCCCGGACACCGCAGCCUCCUGCUGAAGAACCCCCGCACCCUCUUACCUACAGCCAGCUUCCUCGGGUGGGCCUCAGCCCAGACAGCCCAGCAGGUGACAGGAAUAGCGUGGGCAGUGAGGGCAGUGUGGGCAGCAUCCGCAGUGCUGGCAGCGGCCAGAGCUCUGAGGGCACUAACGGCCAUGGCCCUGGCCUCCUGAUUGAGAAUGCCCAGCCACUGCCCUCUGCCGGAGAGGACCAGGUGCUGCCAGGACUCCACCCACCGUCCCUGGCAGACAACCUGAGCCACCGCCCUCUGGCCAACUGCCGCUCUGGGGAGCAGAUCUUCACCCAGGACGUGCGGCCAGAACAGCUGCUGGAGGGGAAGGACGCGCAGGCCAUUCAUAACUGGCUAAGCGAGUUCCAGCUGGAGGGCUACACUGCCCACUUUCUGCAGGCCGGCUAUGAUGUGCCUACCAUCAGCCGCAUGACACCUGAGGACCUGACGGCCAUCGGGGUGACCAAGCCUGGGCACAGGAAGAAGAUCGCCUCAGAGAUCGCUCAGCUCAGCAUCGCCGAGUGGCUGCCCAGCUACAUCCCAACGGACCUGCUGGAGUGGCUGUGUGCACUGGGGCUGCCGCAGUACCACAAGCAGCUGGUGAGCAGCGGCUACGACUCCAUGGGGCUGGUGGCCGACCUCACCUGGGAAGAGCUGCAGGAGAUUGGGGUCAACAAGCUCGGGCAUCAGAAGAAGCUCAUGCUGGGGGUGAAGCGGCUGGCGGAGCUUCGGCGGGGCCUGCUACAGGGGGAGGCCCUCAGCGAAGGCGGGCGCCGGCUGGCCAAGGGUCCGGAGCUGAUGGCCAUCGAGGGACUAGAGAACGGAGAAGGCCCAGCUACGGCCGGCCCACGGCUCCUCACCUUCCAGGGCAGCGAACUAAGCCCAGAGCUACAGGCGGCCAUGGCAGGGGGUGGCCCUGAACCACUCCCCCUCCCACCCGCCCGCUCUCCCAGCCAGGAGAGCAUCGGGGCACGCUCACAGGGGUCUGGCCACUCACAGGAACAGCCUGCCCCACAGCCCAGCGGUGGAGAUCCCAGCACCCCCCAGGAGAGGAACCUUCCAGAGGGCACAGAACGGCCCCCUAAGCUUUGUGCCUCACUUCCUGGCCAAGGACCCCCACCCUAUGUUUUUAUGUACCCCCAGGGCUCACCCUCUAGCCCGGCCCCAGGGCCACCUCCUGGCGCACCCUGGGCCUUCUCCUACUUGGCCGGGCCCCCUGCCACUCCCCCAGACCCGCCUCGACCUAAGCGCCGGUCCCACAGCCUAAGCCGCCCUGGCCCCACAGAGGGGGAUGCUGAGGGGGAGGCCGAAGGGCCGGUGGGCAGCACCCUGGGCAGUUACGCUACCCUUACCCGGCGGCCAGGACGCAGUGCCCUUGUCCGGACCAGUCCUAGCGUGACCCCAACCCCAGCUCGGGGGACUCCUCGCAGCCAGUCCUUUGCCCUGCGGGCCCGGCGCAAAGGCCCCCCGCCCCCGCCCCCCAAGCGCCUCAGCUCCGUCUCUGGCCCCAGCCCGGAGCCACCUCCACUAGAUGGGAGCCCAGGGCCCAAGGAAGGGGCCACAGGGCCCCGAAGGCGAACACUGAGUGAACCUGCUGGCCCCUCAGAGCCCCCUGGCCCACCUGCCCCGGCUGGGCCCGCGUCAGACACGGAGGAGGAAGAGCCAGGCCCCGAGGGGACGCCCCCAUCUCGGGGCAGCUCUGGGGAAGGGCUGCCGUUUGCAGAGGAAGGGAACCUGACCAUCAAACAGCGCCCGAAGCCCGCUGGCCCCCCGCCCCGAGAGACACCCGUGCCCCCCGGCCUCGAUUUCAACCUCACGGAAUCAGACACUGUUAAGCGGAGGCCCAAGUGCCGGGAGAGAGAGCCGCUGCAGACCGCACUGCUGGCCUUCGGAGUGGCCGGUGCCACGCCUGGCCCCGCUGCCCCCCUGCCUUCCCCAACUCCUGGCGAGUCUCCUCCAGCUUCUAGCCUUCCCCAGCCCGAGCCCAGCAGCCUUCCAGCCCAAGGAGUUCCAACCCCCCUUGCUCCCAGCCCCGCCAUGCAGCCUCCAGUGCCGCCCUGCCCAGGGCCAGGUCUGGAAAGCUCAGCAGCUAGUCGGUGGAAUGGGGAGACAGAACCCCCGGCCGCCCCUGCUGCCCUCCUCAAGGUGCCCGGAGCAGGAACAGCCCCCAAGCCUGUGUCGGUGGCCUGCACCCAGCUGGCAUUUUCUGGCCCUAAGCUAGCGCCCCGGCUCGGCCCCCGCCCGGUGCCUCCUCCACGGCCUGAGAGCACUGGGACUGUGGGCCCAGGCCAGGCCCAGCAGAGACUGGAGCAGACCAGCUCGUCCCUGGCAGCUGCACUGAGAGCCGCAGAGAAGAGCAUUGGCACCAAGGAGCAAGAGGGCGCCCCCAGCGCCUCCACCAAGCACAUUCUGGAUGACAUCAGCACCAUGUUCGACGCCCUGGCUGACCAGCUGGACGCCAUGCUGGACUGAGCCCUCCCCCACUGUGACCUGCCGAAGUCCACUGCCUUUGCCCCAGCACAGAAGAGGCCCCUGCCACCCUAGGGACGGGCCAAGGGCUGGUCAGGCCGAAGUGCCCCUCCUAGCAGGGCCCCUUCCCACUCUAAGCCCGUGGCUGUGGGCACCGCAGCUCUUGUGGGGCAGCCCACCUUAUCAGAACCUGACUAGCGAGGGACCUCCGCUGCAUCUCAGCAAAGCCCCUCCCAGGGUUUGAUCGACUGAGCAGGACGGCCCUGCUCCUGGACAGGGACCCUGGUAAGAGCUCUCUCCUCAGGGAGGAAGCGGGGGUGGGGCUUUGGGGGUGCUUUCUCUGUACCCCCCAGCCUGUGUUCCAAGUUGUGCCAAGGGAAUGCCUCUUGCCACCCACCAUCCUGCCCAGGCCCUGAGAGGCCGGAGGAGGCGUGUGUCUGGCCGGGCCCCUCUCCGUAGGUGUACAGAGGACAUGUAAAUACACAGCGGUGGUGCCCAGGCAGCUCCUGCCCCCGCCUUUCCUCACUGAGGCAGGGCUAGCAGGGGUGGGAGGCAGUGGGGUUAACAGAUCCCACAAGUCCUAACUUUUCAAUUGUAAAUGUUAUUUUUUGAGCAGAGAGAAAUGCAUAUAUUUUAAAUGGAAUUUAUUCUAUCUAUUAACUGCCUGAGAGGACACAAUGGGGGAGGGGCUUCGGACCACAGCAGGAGCCCCGACUGCCCACCUGAGGGCAGGGAGAGCCUGACCCCAUUGGCCCAGGCCCUGGCUCUGUAACCAUUAACCUCUUCCCCCAACUAACACCAAUGAAAACACCAUUCCACGUGA